CUUUAGACAACCUUAGAACCUCGAAACUCAGCUUCGUUUCCUUCACAUCCACAUUUACACACAACUCCUCUAGACACAUCAACUCUUGAUAAAUCUGACCGGUCCUCUCUACCGGAUCACACAAAUCGUAAUUGGAAAAUAGGAGAUGAUGACCGACUAAAAGUUCCAUGGUUAUGUUAUAAUGGCUCUCGUCGAUAGCCCUCAGAUCAAGAGCGCCGAGCUUCUCUCUCCGCUGCCUGUCUACCUUCAUGCAUACGUCGCCCCUUUUACUAUAAUAUGGCCCAUAUUUGCGCGAUACUUUUAUACGCCCGAGUUGUACGACAAACACAUCGGAUCGUCUGAAUGGACUUUUGUCUGGUGCGGUACCAUCAUCACUCUGCAGAGCUUGGCUUGGCUCUGCACGAACUGGAGUGUCAACCUCAAGGCUAUCUUCACCGCUAGGAAAGCGAAGAAGGUUGAAGAUGCUCAGUUGAUAAAGGUCAUCCCAAUCGCCAAUGCCGGCUCAGCCGAUAUCUGCGAGAUCAUUCGCGAAAAGGUUGGCGAUAAGAUAAAUCUGUCCUUUUUGUUCCAAAAACGUCGUUUCCUCUAUGAUCUGGCAACGCAAUCCUUCAGUCCCUUGACCUAUGAGAUCGAUGCCGAGCCGAAGCCCAAGAUCGAGAAAUUCCAGUACUCGAGAGGAAUCUCUUCUCAAGCUGAGCUUACGAGACUCGAGCAGUAUUAUGGCACAAACACUUUCGAUAUCCCGGUUCCUACCUUUACCGAACUAUUUCGAGAACAUGCCGUUGCUCCUUUCUUCGUCUUUCAGGUGUUCUGCGUCGGCCUCUGGAUGCUGGAUGAGUAUUGGUACUAUUCGCUGUUUACCCUUUUCAUGCUUGUCGCCUUCGAGAGCACCGUGGUCUGGCAAAGGCAGCGAACACUAACCGAAUUCCGGGGCAUGAGUAUCAAGCCUUACGAUAUGUGGGUGUACCGGUUGGGCAAGUGGACGGAGAUUCAAAGCGACAAGCUUUUGCCGGGCGAUCUUGUCUCUGUUGGGAGGACUAAAGAAGACAGUGGUGUUGCGUGCGACAUGCUUCUGGUGGAGGGAACUGCUAUCGUUAACGAAGCUAUGCUUUCGGGUGAAAGCACGCCCUUGCUCAAAGAUUCCAUACAACUGAGACCCGCCGACGCCUCCAUCGACACCGAAGGUCUUGACAAGAACGCUUUUCUCUGGGGCGGAACCAAGGUUUUGCAGGUUACGCAUGGCAACCCUGACGAGGAGAGACCGAAGCUUGCUUCCGGUGUUCCCGCGCCUCCCGAUAAUGGUGCUAUGGCCAUUGUGAUGAAGACCGGGUUCGAGACAUCUCAGGGUAGCCUGGUCCGAACAAUGAUUUACUCGACGGAGCGUGUCUCGGCCAACAAUGUUGAGGCCUUACUUUUCAUCCUCUUCCUACUUAUCUUCGCGUUGGCCGCUUCCUGGUAUGUAUGGGAUGAGGGCGUCAAGAAAGAUCGCAAGAGAUCGAAGCUGCUGCUCGACUGUGUCUUGAUUGUUACUAGUGUUGUACCUCCGGAGCUUCCGAUGGAGCUCAGCUUGGCUGUUAAUACUAGUUUGGCAGCGCUGGCUAAAUUCGCCAUUUUCUGUACCGAACCUUUCCGCAUCCCUUUCGCCGGUCGUAUCGACGUGGCUUGCUUUGACAAAACUGGUACACUAACAGGCGAGGACCUGGUCGUGGAAGGUAUCGCGGGACUUGGGCUUGGUCACUCCGGCACGAACACCCCUCGCGAGUUCGAUGGUGCACAUAGCCAUCUUACAUCCGUUAAGGAGGCCGGGAUGGAGACGACUCUCGUGUUGGCUAGUGCCCAUGCCCUUGUUAAGCUUGAGGACGGCGAGAUUGUCGGUGACCCUAUGGAGAAGGCUACGCUUGCAGCUCUCGGAUGGGCGCUGGGAAGAAACGACACGCUCGCGGCAAAGCCUUCUGUUACAGCCGCUGGUGGAACUUCUGGUACGGUUCAGGUCAAACGACGCUUCCAAUUUUCGUCCGCUCUAAAACGCCAGAGCUCCGUCGCCACGGUACAUGCUGUUGAUCCAAAGACGGGGAAUAGGAUACGUGGUACGUUCGUUGGCGUCAAGGGUGCACCAGAAACGAUAAUGAAGAUGCUUGUCACUGUCCCCAAGGAUUAUGAGGAGACCUUCAAAUAUUUCACUCGUCGCGGUUCUCGCGUGCUCGCCCUCGCCUAUAAACAGUUGACUACUGAUAACGAACUCGGUUCCGGCAAAAUCAAUGAUCUGAAGCGCGAGAAAGUCGAGGCUGACCUGAUCUUUGCUGGUUUCCUGGUCCUUCAGUGCCCCUUAAAGGAUGACGCGAAGCAGGCGGUACAGAUGCUCAACGAGAGCAGCCACCGCGUCGUCAUGAUCACCGGAGACAACCCACUCACGGCUGUGCAUGUGGCAAGGGAGGUCGAGAUUGUUGACCGUGAUGUGCUCAUCCUUGAUGCACCGGAACAUAAUGAUGGAGGAGAAAGGCUAGUCUGGCGUAGUGUCGAUGAUAGGACCAACAUCGAGGUGGACGCAUCGAAGCCUAUCGACCCCCAAAUCAUCAAGUCGAAAGACAUAUGUAUGACUGGAUAUGCACUGGCCAAGUUUAAGGAUAACGUUAACGGUUGGCGAUCACUCCUGCGCCAUACAUUGGUGUAUGCUCGUGUGUCCCCGAAGCAAAAGGAGGAAAUCCUUCUAGGUCUUAAGGACAUGGGGUACUAUACACUGAUGGCUGGAGAUGGUACAAAUGACGUCGGCGCCUUGAAGCAGGCGCACAUCGGUAUAGCUCUUCUGAAUGGCACUCAGGAAGAUUUGACAAGAAUCGCGGAGCAUUCUCGCAACGCCAAGAUGAGAGAGCUCUAUCAGAAGCAGGUCGACCUUAUGAAAAGGUUCAACCAACCAGCUCCUCCUGUGCCCGCUGUGAUUGCCCAUCUUUACCCUCCGGGCCCAUCUAAUCCUCACUAUGAGAAGGCACUGGAGCGCGAAGCACAGAAGCGAGGCAUCACCACUGAAGAACUUGCGAAGAUAAACGGUACCAACAUCGAGACUGUAACCAGCCCAGCAGCCCAGCAAUUGAUGAAUCACGACCCGAGAACGGCUAAGCAGCGGGAAGCAGCUAACAAGGCAGCUGGCUUCGCUGACAAGAUGACCAGCGCCAUGAUGGAACAGGAAUUAGGCGACGACGAACCACCGACACUUAAGCUUGGCGACGCCUCGGUUGCCGCGCCAUUUACUAGCAAGCUCCGGAACGUUAUUGCCGUCCCCAACAUUAUUCGGCAAGGCCGUUGUACCCUGGUAGCCACGAUCCAGAUGUACAAGAUUCUAGCUUUAAACUGCUUGAUAAGCGCCUACAGCCUUAGUGUUCUCUACCUCGAAGGCAUCAAGUUCGGCGAUGGGCAGAUCACGAUUAGCGGCAUGCUUAUGAGUGUAUGUUUCCUUUCGAUAUCCCGCGCCAGAUCAGUCGAAGGCUUGUCGAAGGAAAGGCCACAACCGAACAUCUUCAACUUUUACAUCAUCGGUUCUAUCCUUGGUCAAUUCGCGGUUCACAUUGCAACGCUCAUCUACAUUGCCCGAUUCUGUGAUAAACUGGAGCCACGGUCCGAGAUGGUUGACCUGGAGGCCGAAUUCACGCCGUCUCUGCUGAACAGUGCCGUGUAUCUCCUGCAGCUAAUCCAGCAGAUCUCCACCUUCGCAGUCAAUUACCAAGGUCGACCAUUCAGGGAAUCCCUGUCCGAGAACCGAGGCAUGUUCUGGGGUAUCAUCUCGGUCACUGCUAUUGCCUUCUCCUGCUCGACCGAAUUUAUCCCGGAACUCAAUGAACAGAUGAAGCUAGUGAAAUUCACGGAUGAGUUUAAGACGACCAUGACGACGAUCAUGAUCUUGGAUUACGCCGGCUGCUGGCUGAUCGAGAUAGUGCUCAAGCGGCUCUUCAGUGACUUCCGUCCUCGUGACAUCGCAGUACGACGACCUGAGCAGAAUGAGCGCGAGAGAUUGAGGAAGGAAGCAGAGAAGGCUGUGAAAGACGCCGAGGAGGAGAAGAAGCGGCUGGAGAAGGUGGAGGAGUUUGAGCGUAAAGUGGAGGAACGAAGGCGGAAGAUUCGAGAAUGGAGCCAAGGUGCUCGUGCUCAGACAGAAGGCCUCGCUCAGCCGGCGAGGUAAAACUUGUGUCAUUUCUCGCUGUUCUAGUCUAUGUUCCGUAUAGGAGAUGGGCGGAAUAUCACUCCAUAGACCCAGCAUUAUAGACAUAGAGAACCGAGUUCUAUAGACGAAAUCACCAAUCAUUGUUUUCUUCCCUUUA